AGGGACGCAGCAAUGGAAGCUAGCGACGAAAAUGGAGAAAGGAGCGGCUCCACAAUGCAGGAGCGACUUCAGAGACGCCACCAGGCGAGGAUAGAAGAUGCUGAACGGCGGAAAGAAAGCAAACGGAGCCAAACUGUCGCCGAGGAGAAAACUGAGUAUUUCGUCAGCACCUUUAACUCGGAGCGGGCGGUUAUCGAGGAGCUGCUGUCCGGCUGCUCCGGAGCUAACCGGGCUGAUGUCACCCAGAAACUGGAGGAGACGACAGCCAAAAUUGCUCAGCUGCAGAAGUUUCUCAACGACCACAUGUUUGUUUUAUCCCAGUACCAGCUGAAGACUUCCCAGGCUGCCCUUCAGAAGCUCCAAGCCUCCCUCGCUGACAUCAGAGAAGAAGCUCUGCCCAAGAAGAAGUUCGCCUUUCGGACUCGCGCUAAAGCUGCAGAUAACGUCCCUGCACAGGUGACAGAUAGGCCUUCCCCUGCUGAUUCAGGCAUCAUCAGGGUGGAUGGAUCUCCAGCCUCUGAGCAGUGUGGCUUCUCCAAAAUGAGCAAUGAGUUUCUAACCAAGACAGCUGAGGAAAUCCAAAACCGAGAUGUGCUGUUGACUCAUCUGACCAACUGUAAGGUUCGUCUGUUCGGCUCCCCAAGCACUCUGCACCUGAAACACAUCGAGGGCUGCGAGAUCCUGUGCGGACCUGUAGCUACUUCUGUGUUUGUAGACCACUGCAGGAACAGCGUCCUGGCCUUCCCCUGUCAGCAGCUGCGGACCCACAACACCACCGACACCCAGGUGUACCUGCACGUCACCAGCCGAGCCAUUAUAGAAGACUGCCGUAGGGUGAGCUUCGCCCCGUUGUCCUGGACUUACCCCGACAUGGAGGAGGAUUUCUCUGUGUCUGGCCUGGACCAGGACAGAAACAACUGGAGCCAGGUGGAUGACUUCAACUGGCUCGCAGCAGGGAUACCGUCCCCAAACUGGACUGUUAUACCAGAAGAAGAUAGAAAAACCACCUGGGACCCUUAAAAUUUAAAGCUAUUGUCUAUCAUUUCAACAUGGCACUUUAAGCUUCAUAACUCACUGGAUCUAGAAUGUUUCAACUUUAAAACCACUCUUGUGGCAAAGCUUAAAAAAUCAUUCCAGAUGAAUAGAUUUUAGUCACAACUAGUGAAAACUGCAUCUCUUUGUUCUACUGCAUGUGUUGAAACCU